UUGGAGAAGGUCUAAGGCCAAUUCACUAUAGUUGGUUUCAUUGGUGAAUUUACUCUGUAUAGGCACAUGCUUUACGUGCACGUUGACUUACAUCAUGUGUUUCUAAUAAUGGAAUGUCUGGAUAUGCCUGUAUCAGACAUUCAAAGAUUAGGAAAUACACCCGGUAUGCAAGGCUCUCUGGGCAAGAUAGGACUUGGGCAAAAAAAGGAUUACUGAUCUGUGGACUAUAUAGUCACGCUAUGGUUCCAAAGGAUUAUCUCAAAUCUCACAUCACCUUUAGUUGUCUCUUUCAAUCUCUGAAAACAUAUCACCGAUAACACAAACAGUCCUAAACAUGGCUACUCUUGAACAACAAUUCAAAGCCGCAACAUCAUCUCGAGAAAUCCCUGGUGUUGUUCUUGUUGCCAGCAAUUCCACUGGUAAAAAUCCCUCUUCUUCAUUCACUUACCGCGUUUGAGAUACUCAAAUACUAACAAAGAAUAGGGUCAUUUAAAUAUGAAAAAGCCUUCGGACCAGCAACGCCUGACUCGCAAACCGAGCUUGACUCUACUUUCGUCAUGGCAUCAUGCACGAAGCUUGUAACUUCUAUCGCUGCUUUGCGCUGCGUAGAGCAGGGCCAAAUUGGUCUUGACGAUGAUCUCUCUCCCGUCUUAACAGAGUUCAAAGAUAUUCAAAUUCUCGAAGGCUUUGAAGCCGGUGCCGAUGGAAAAGAAGUUCCUAUUCUCAAGCCAGCCAGGAACAAGAUCACCCUGAGGUAAGAUGUCUCGUGUUAUUGGAAGCCGAAUAUUCGGAGUCGUUAACGUAAAAAACUAGACAAUUGAUCACCCAUACUUCUGGAAUCGGUUAUGACACUUUCACACCACAGCUCAUGAAAUUCCGCGCCACGCAAGGUAACGACUCCACAACUACCCAUGAAUCCGCAAUGCUCAAGACCAUUACUAUUCCUCUUUUGUUUGAACCCGGUACAUCUUGGGUGUAUGGCUACGGUCUUGACUGGGCAUCUAUCCUAGUCAGCCGUCUCAACAAUGGUCAAUCACUUGAAGAAUACUUCCAAGCCCACAUUUUCGGCCCACUAAAUAUCAAAGAUAUAACCUUCCGUCGCGAUCUCAACCCACACGUUCAAGAAAAACUCGUCAAAAUGACCGUGAGAAAGGGCUUGACAAUUUCUAACCCCCUCCUUGGACUUUCCGAUAACGGUGAACAGGGUGGGGAAGUAGAAUGGACCGAUAGCGUUCCCUAUGACAUUGGAGAACACGAAUGUUUUGGAGGUCACGGGCUUGUCGGCUCGGCAACUUCAUAUCUUAAAAUUCUCACCUCGAUUCUUCGCGACGAUGAAGUGUUACUCAAGAAAUCUACCACGGCGGAAAUGUUCAAGCCCCAGCUUUCUGCUAAUGCUGUUGAUGCUAUGCGUUCCAGCCUCGUGUGCGCAUUUCACUCUCAGGGAUUUUUCUCCAGUCAUCCCUUUGGGAGAAAGCUGAAUUGGGGAUUAGGCGGUUUACUGAUUGAGGAGGAUAUUGAGGGGGGGAAGAAAAACGGUACUCUCUGCUGGAGCGGAUUACCGAAUUUGUUGUGGAGUAUCGAUAGGGAAGGAGGAUUGGCUUGUCUUUAUGCGGGUAAUGUGUUGCCGUUCGGUGAUCCGAAGAGUUAUGCGAUGCAGCAGAUUUUUGAGGCGGAGAUGUACAAGAGGUUUGGAGAGUUUAAGAGAUCGUGAAUUGUGUUAGGGAGAGAUGGUGGAGAUAUUGCCCGUGGUGGUUUUUGUUAGAAUAAAAUUAGAUCAUUGAGUUAUUUUUCACCAAAACAAAUUCUGAAUAUCU